AUGCAAAUUAGUGAUGAGGCAUUAAUUCAAUGGGCAUAUUUUUUCAAGGUUGAACAAUUUGAUGAUAACCCUGGCUGCUAUAUUGAAACAGAUGGGUUUCUCAAUAAAAAUUUAGAUCUAACUGGGAAAAAUAUUGUUAUUGUUGGUUUAGACCCAGGAAGGUAUGACCUUUUUGUUUCAGCUGACACUAAUGACAAUAUAGCCAAAUGCCCAACCAAAGAAUAUUAUUAUUUAGCUAAUUUUACUAGAAAUAGGGAGAAAUGA